AUGUCUGUGCCCCAGGCUCUGCGAGGCAGCCCAUCUGAGCAGAUUGCAGCCAUCCUACCACUAGCCGAAGCCUUAUAUGACUCCACCAGCCGUGAGCCCACACUCAUUAACCAGGCGCGUAAUGAGCUUAGUCUGCUCCGAUCGGUGGUUGAUACGACGAGGACUUUGUUGACGCUACUAUGUGUGGACUACACAAUUGUAGCACUGGGUCAGGCUCUCGACGGUUGUCGUGUAGCUUUGUUAGAGCUGGAAGAGCUUCAUCGACAGGCGGGCGAAGUGGGCCCGGUGAAUACACUGUCCGAUAUUCGGGGGCGUUUUUCAUCUUUGAUCUUUGAGAUCAGUGUUAUAAAUGCUGAUAUAUUGAUAUCCUCGCAAGCCAAUGUCAACCGUCUCUUGCAGGGCUACAUUGACGAUGUUCGAGCCGGGAAGCGAGAGUCUGCAAUUGUCUCGAGUGUUCUCGAUGAUGCUUCCCCUAAGAGCGAGAAGGAUGAAGCAUGGAACAAACUGCAAAAUGAACUGCACGAUAUCGGUAUUGUACCCGAGUGGUCGGACCAGGACCAUGGCUAUAUUAUUUCAACACUACGGAAUGCUGUAGACAAGGAGCACCUCCUGGAAGGCAAUAGACAAAAGGCAGUCCCAUCAACGAGAUUCUCACGGUCAAAACAACCAGCUUUGCCGCCAAGGAAUUCACUAUACAACACAACCCCUACAGGGGAGCAACUCACGCUUCCCCUUCGAUCACAAGAAAAUCCAGAAAAAGGUCUUUCCGACAAAGAAGUGCUGCUCAUUGCAGAAGACUUCCCAAUCCCAGUCGCAAUGGAGCUCCAAGAUACGGAGGAUACGGAAAAACAAGCACUACCAAUCGACGACUACCCUAUUCCUUUGGCUAUGGAGCCAUUCUUCCCAGCAAAUACAAUUUUCGAUAAACAAGUCCUACCGCGGGAAAGCUUACCCAUCCCCGUCGAGUCAGAGACCAGCAUUGAGAAUAGCCAGGAAACCCGAUCACAGAACAGCACUUCCGUGAACAGCUCCGCCCGGCCAAAGUCAAUUCUUCGCAGCAAGAAGCCCAGCAUUGUGAAGCGCAUGAAAUUCAAGCUUACCGGCAGUAAAGAGGAAUUUGUGACGUUGAUUCAAAUGGGUGGACUGUAUUCCGUCAAGCUAUCCCUGGACAAGGGUGCAAAUGUGGACACUGUCAAUGACGCAGGAGAAACCGCUUUGAUGGUCGCUGUUUCAUUUGGCCACAAGGAUAUCGUCGAGCUACUACUCGAGUACGGUGCAGAUGUUGAUAGGAGGUCAAACAAAGGCGAUACAGCCUUAGGAACAGCCGCGCUGAUGGGCCGAGAAGAUAUCGUUCAAAUCCUGCUUGGGUACGGCGCGCGGCCCGACGCGGGCGAAGGUUUAGGAAAGACGGCGCUUUCGCAAGCUGCUGCUUCUGGGCACGAGAGUAUUGUUCGGUUACUGUUGGAUCGGGGCGCUGAUCCGAAUGGACUAUGCACUAGUGGUGAUACUGCGCUUUCACGAGCGGCAUUCUAUGGCAAUCUGGACAUUGCACGGCUUCUGUUGAGCAGAGGGGCAGAUAUUGAUAAGACAGCGUAUCCUCGGAAGACGCCGCUUUGGAAGGCUGUUCAUCAAGGAAAGACUGAUAUGGUCAGCUUGUUGAUGGAGUUUCUCGCAGAUCCGCUGAAAAAGGACGUACAUGGCCAAUCGCCAUUGUCGAUGGCAUCCUCGCUUGGGCAAGCCGAGAUGAUCCGCAUUUUCCAAAAGUACGGGUAUCAUGCCACUCCAUUGCAGUACCCCUAA